UGCGAUUACUAUAGAGCUAUUCUUGACUUUUUCAGAUAGCACCAAGCACACGUCAUGAACCGCUUACUUCCCUUUCGGAUUUCGACCGCUUAUCUUCCAAAAGUGUCGCUUUUCAGUACCUCUUCGAAUAGUUUGGCGGCCAAGAAACCUGUUUCACAAUUAGGCCAACUAAGGAAAGAAACUGGAUACAGCCUGUCAUUAUGCAAAAAGGCUCUCGAGAACAACGACCAAGAUAUCGAUCAAGCCAAAGCCUGGCUGGAGAAACAAGCGUUGGAACUCGGAUGGGCCAAAGCUCAAAAACUAGGAGGAAGAAAUGCGACCCAAGGAUUAGUGGGCGUCUUGACUCGCGAUAACAUCGCUUCAAUGGUCGAACUGAAUUGUGAGACAGACUUUGUGGCUCGUAACACUCAGUUCAUGGACCUGCUGCACGACAUCAGCUUGGCCAAUCUGGAAAAUGCUAUCCCUAAUUCUUCAGAACACCUCUCGGUGAAGCACACCUCAAAAUCCGAUCUCGAAAGUUUAGCUUGCUCAUCGAGCGGACAAAAGCUAAGCGAUAUUAUCGCCUUGAACAUCGGGCAGAUCGGCGAGAAUAUCGUAAUCAAGCGAGGCGUCACUUUAAGUACCGGAUCUGGUUUGGCGGUGUUUGGAAGCACUCAUCCCAAUGUUUCAAAAGAUCCAAACCGGGUGCAAUGCGGUCGCUUUGGAUCACUUAUCGCUUUGAGCAAAGAUGGCACAGGAGAGUUGGAGGAGGGCAAAACUAUGGACUCCGUGGCACGGCAAUUGUGCCAGCACAUAGUGGGAUGGAAUCCGCUACGCUUAGGGGACCUGGCCAAUUUCAAUCUUGCGAAUAUAAAACCCGAUGACGAAACUCCCGCCAAGCCUUUGGUCAUAGACGGUGAUGAUAUGCCCCCAGAGGACGAACAGGAUCUCCGAAAUCGGGAGCUCGAGAAUGCCACGAUCCGUGACCACGAAGAGCUCAUCUAUCAACCAUUCAUUUUGGAUCAGGAAAUAACAGUGGGCGAAUUACUCAUAACCAACGGGCUUGUCGUCCACGACUUCGUGCGAUUUGAGUUGGGCAAGAGUUGAUGAUGACAAGAUAACGCGAGAAUGGUUUCUAAUAUAUUAUUAUUAACUGAAUUGAGUGAGAUAAACGGCAGGGCGAGGGGCGGCAUUCACCAUUUGGGUUCGUUAAUUAUUCGCUUUCGACCACGUGGCUCGCCUCGGAUCCCUUCAGUUCGACAAUGAAGCAGCAUCGUUGUAUUUUUUGGUGGUGGCUUGGGUCGAACUUCUUCCACCGGGGGAGGUUUUCGUAUUUUGCGACCGGAAUGUCCCGUUUUCCUGUGCCACAAUCCUGAGCUUGGCAUUAUACCCAACCAUCUACGAGUUAUGAAAACGAAAAUAAAACUCGCCAUUCCACAACA